GCAGCCGGACCGACGCCCGGAAGAGCACACGUCCGCGCAAAUGUGCGAAGUUAUUCUGCACAAAAUCAAAUCUCCGGGGAGAAACUGAGGAUGUUUUACUGGAAGAGCAGCAGCGGCGGCCCGGAGACGCUCGACGGGCUCAGCAACAUGUCCAAGGCGGAGAUCCUGAGAGGGAUCGUCACCGAGAAGCUGACGACCGCCGCGCAGGAGAUCUUAGCGGUGGUCGAGAGGACCGUCGCCGGGUACGAGGAGGAGGCGUCGGGCUUCAGGCGGGAGAUAUCCCGGCAGAAGAGGCAGCUGGAGCUCCUGCUGCAGCCUCGAGUCCGACUGGAGAGGAAAGCUCGCAGCCAAGAGGAGGAAGCAGGAGAGCAUGAGGUGGUGGUUCUGAGUGAGGAGGAGGAGGAGGAGCAGAACUCACAGCAGACAGGUGUGGACGACUCCGGCAGUCUGGGCCUCCUGUGGUACGACGAGUACGGCGAUGAGGAGGCCGAUGGUGGAGAUGAGGGGCAGCGACCAGGGACGAGCUUCAGACGGAGACGAGAAGAUCUGGACCCGGAUUAUCAGAUAAAACCCAGGUUAAUGUCCCCCAGAGGUCGGUCCGACAGGAGGAGGCCCGGCAGACCUCGGAUCAGUGACGGACAGAACCAUCUGGAUCUGAGGAUCUACAUCCUGGAGGACUCGCAGACUGAUGUGCUCUCGAAAAGAGUGUUUCAGAAGUGUCCGGUUCAGGAGCUGCAGGUUCCUCGUGGUCUGCAGGAGGCCGACUUCCUUGACCUGCUGAGGUCCACCUUCCCUCAGCUGGCUGCUCAGGAACCAUUUGACUUCUUCACCUCGGACAGAACGAAGCGACUGCAGCCGCUCCGACUGAAGACGCUGACGCCCGAAGAGAUCCACCGGAGCAUCAGGCGGAGCGGCGCCGGGAACUCAGCCCUCUACAUCCGACUGAAGACCGGAGCCCCUCAGAGCAGCUCUGCAGACCUUCAUCCUCCACACAGACCGGCUGAUUCUCCGUCCAGCGGCGCCACGACAUCAGCUGAUCAGACCCAAACCUUCAGCAGGUUAUCGACUCCUGGAGAUUCGUCUGAGAGGAGGAGGCGUGGCAGACCCCGCCUCGGAGAAGAACCGACCCACCACAUCCUCAGAGUCUGCGUGCUGGAGGACUCCCAGUCCAACGUGCUCUCCAGAGACGCGGUACUGAGGUCGUCCAUACAGGAGCUCCGGUGUCCUCGUGGCCAGCAGGAGGCCGACUUCCUGGACCAGCUGAGGUCCACCUUCCCUCAGCUGGCAGGAGACGACAAACCUCUGGACCUGUACAAGUCGGACCGGAGCCGGAGGCUGCAGCGGCUCCGAGUGACGACGCUGACACCGGACGAGAUCUCCAGAACCGUGAAGCCCAUCAAGGUCGACAGGACGCUCCUCUACAUCCGACUGAAGAGCGGAGAGGAAGAGGAGGAGGAGGAAGAGCUUCACCUUCAGCAGAGAGACGAUGAAGCUGUUCAGAUAAAAACUGAUGACGGACUCGACUCCAGUCCUGUUCGACAUGCCGACGCUCUCAGAGACGAUGUCGUCGCCAGCAGCUCGUCACAACAUCAGGAGACGGAGGAGGACGAGGACGCCGCACGGAGCCGCGUGGACUCCAGCGAUGACGGCGACAAAGACCUGGACGGAGACGACGACUGGAAACCGGAUCCUGAGCAGCUGUCGGCGAGGACGAAGAGGAAGCGGGGAGCCAAGAUGUCCGCCACGGAGGGGAAGGUGGUCGUGAGCAGUAAGACGCCGUGUAGAGUCUGCGGCGUGUCCUACAGGAUUCUGGGAAGUCUGAUCAAACAUGCCUGGAGUCACGUGGAGGAGCCGCAGAGCAUCUGUGGAGUGUGCGGGCAGCGCUUUGAAUCUGUGGACGAGUUAAAGGGACACAUCAGAAACUAUCAGAAGACUCACGACUGCUCGUACUGCGGCAAGUCUUUCCUCACCAUCACCGGCCUGCACAGCCACACCACGCUGCACACAGGAAACAGACCCUUCACCUGCGACGUCUGCAACAAAACCUUCGCCUACCUGUCCAGCCUGAGCGUUCACCGCUGGGUGCACGUGGCCGACAAACCGCACAAGUGCGAGUUCUGCCCGAAGGCGUUCGGCCUGAAGGCUCAGCUCAGAGCCCACAGGAAGCUGCACACGGGUCGAGACAAGUACCACUGCAACGUCUGUGGGAAGUGUCUGUACGACCUGCGCUCGCUAACCCGCCACAAGACCACGCACUCGGGGGAGCGGCGCUACGGCUGCGAGAUCUGCGGGAAGCGCUUCAAACUUCCUGGCACGUUGAAGUCGCACGAGAAGAUCCACACGACGAGAGACCGGCCGUACCUCUGCGACAUCUGCUGCAAGACGUUCCUGUCCAACUGCGGCCUGACGGCGCACAUGAAGACGCACAGCGGCGAGCGGCCGUUCAUCUGCAUCAUCUGCAGCAAAGGCUUCAUAUCCAAUGGCGAGCUGAAGGCGCACAUGCGUGUGCACACCGGCGAGGCGCCGUACGGCUGCUCCGAGUGCGGCCGCUACUUCAAACGCAAGACGCACCUGAACAACCACGUGAGGAGCCACCUGGGCAUCAAACUGUUUGUGUGUGGCGUCUGUGGGAAGGCGUGUUCUCGGCAGGAACACCUGACGGUCCACAUGAGGACGCACAACGGAGAGAGACCGUACCAGUGCUCGGUCUGCGACAAGGCCUUCACUCAGAGCCACUGUCUGAAGACUCACAUGAAGAGCCACCAGGGGGACGACAAGCCGUUCCUGAACGCUCCCUCGUCCUGAACGCUCCCUCGUCCUGAACGCUCCCUGGUCCUGAACGCUCCCUCGUCCUGAACGCUCCCUCGACCUGUUCUGACUGAGCGGUGAGGCGAGGUGGAUCUAAUGGAGCUGAAACUCUUUUCUUUCAUCUCUUGAUGGCUGAUUUAAAUAAUUUUGACCGUUUUAGGAAAUUUUCUUUUACUCAGAAAACAUUUCAGAACUUUGAUCUUUUGUUGAAGAAAAACAAAUGUCUGUAGAAGAAAAAGAAAAAACAGUUACCUGAUGACAUUAUUGAGUUUAGUGAUCGAGGCCAGAUUCAUGAUAUUAUCCUGAUAAUCAUUUAAAUAAGUUGAAAACACUUAAAAAGGCACUUAAACAUACUGGAAUCACUUAAACAUUAACUAUAUAAAUUUCACCUCAGAGAGGAAACAUUUGUUCUAGUGGAAAACACUCAAACUGCGAUUAAAAUCUCUUAAAGCCAACUUGGUGGAAAAAAUGAUUAUUUGUUGCUAUAAAAUUAAAAAUAAAAAGUAUUUGAUUACUUAAAUUGUUGUUAGUUACUUUGGGUGUUUGUUGCCAAACUUGAGGUUCAAAACAAAAAGGUGCUGAAACGAUUAGUUAGUUUAGAGAGAAUUUCGAGAAAACUACAUUCGUUGUCAUGGCAACUGUCGUUUCGAGUUUGAGAUUUAAACAAAAUGACAUAAAUCUUCCGCUGAAGCUUU